ACACGAUUUACCUUCAGAUCAGUUAAGUUCUGUUGGUGUAGUUGAGUGUAUCAACGGUUUUCCCAGUGCCUUUUUCCAGUGAUUAUUUUUAAAAUAUGGCCGAUCAAGUAGCUGAAAAUGGACAUGCAGAGAACGGUGAUGUUCCCGAAAUCGAGCUAAUCAUUCGAGCAUCGACUAUUGAUGGCAGGCGCAAGGGAGCAUGCCUGUUCUGUCAGGAAUACUUCAUGGAAUUGUACCUGCUGGCAGAACUCAAAACAAUCAGCCUCAAAGUAACUACCGUAGAUAUGCAGAAACCACCCCCUGAUUUCCGUACGAAUUUCGAGGCAACUCCACCUCCUAUUCUAAUAGAUAGAGGCAUGGCCAUCUUGGAGAAUGAAAAAAUCGAAAGGCACAUUAUGAAGAAUGUCCCCGGAGGACAUAACCUUUUUGUCCAGGACAAAGAAGUGGCAACUCUCAUUGAAAAUCUUUACACCAAAUUUAAAAUGUAUGUCCGAAAGUUUGAGUCGCCAGACACCACAGAAUGCAGACAACCUCUUCUUUCCCAUCUUGAACGAAUCAAUGACUUUUUGGCAAAGAGGGGUACUCGCUUCUUGACAGGAGAUACCAUGUCCUGCUUCGACUGCGAAUUAAUGCCCAGAUUGCAACAUAUCCGUAUCGGGGCCAAGGCUUUCCGCAAAUUCGAAAUUCCAACAAGAUUCACUGCACUCUGGACUUACAUGGCAAAUAUGUACGAGCUAGAGGCAUUCAUUCAGAGUUGCCCCGCUGAUCAAGAUAUAAUUAGUCACAUCAAAAAUCAGUUAGGAUUGAGAACAACAGCCAGGAUAGAGCUCGAAACUCCGGUAUACACUACUGCCAUUCCUGUACUUUCAGAAUCAUAAGAACGUUCAUUAUUAAACUGCUUUUUAUAGUGCAGUGAGUAGUGAUUGAGGUGGGCGACUAAAUUUAAAUUCAGCAGAAAACUUGCUUGAGGCUUUAUCGAACAGCAUUGUUUGUAGUUAUACAUUCAAAAAUUCGUUCCAUAUUAGCUGAACUUUAAUAGGGACAAAUUUAUAGAUUUCAAAAGCAGUU